AUGAGAUGGUCUUGUCAGUUCGCAGGACUAAACGCAGUGAAAAUAGUGAAAGUGGUAGUACCAGAAAUAAUACAAUACGGUGUCCAGGACGCGGUGAUAUUAGACUGUGAUUACACAUACGGUAACGAUACAUCGGGUCUCAUGGUGAAGUGGUUCUUCAAGAACAAAGCGCGACCAGUGUACCAAUGGAUCGCGAGCCAGAAACCCCAGGACAUGGGGAUAUUACGAGGCCGGGUGGACUUAACCUACCGGGUCUCGAGUGAUCCGUUAAAAAUGCACAGAGCACUUCGGAUAGUGAAGCCGAACACGGAUAUUUCGGGAGAUUACACCUGCGUCGUGUCCACGUUUAUGGAGGAGGACUCGAAAACGAAGCAAAUGAUUGUUUUCGUGCCGGAAACAAACUUCCGGCUGGUGCAGAACAAAACUGACGAUGACACAGUCAAUGUCAUCUGUGCAGCUGAUGGGGCCUUUCCUGCCCCAAACCUCACACUUGCAACGCCUGAAAGGCGCCUAGACGGUGUGUCUCAUCGGCUAAAACUGGUGAACGGACGGUAUUCAGCGGUGGCGUCAGUGACCCUGCUUGAUGCUGACCUACCCUCACCAGCUGAGUUCAUAUGUACAUUGAGAAUACCGCAAGCAAAGUACGCAGUGCGGAAGGAGGCUAUUUACUAUCCAGGUCCUAUUAGCACGACACCAGAAAUGCCCACAGCAGCAGAUAUGCAGUUGGCUGCAGCAGUCGGAUCAAGAGGUUCAAAACUGUUAUCUGCUCUGGCGAUCCUCGUGCUACCAGCGUUAGCUCACACUUUUUUAUCUUAG